AUGCAGCCAUCGGGCAAGAUCCUCUCUCUGGACAGGCAAGGGGCCAAGAAGGUGCUGGAGAUCUAUGUCAGGCGCUCGCUGAGCUGCCGUGAAAACCAAGUGGUGGCCAAAAAGUCCCUUCAGGAGAAAGCUGGAGGGAGAGGGAGGACAACAGAAGGACUGCAACGCUCAGAAAGUGACUUCUGCAAGUAUUCAUGUGCCAAAUCCAGCCCUGUGAAGGAACAGGAGGAGAGACCCAAAGCACCAAACCUGGAAGAGCUUCUGGAUGAUGACAGCAAAUCUCCCCAGGAGGACCCUAAAGAAGGGCUGAAGCCCAAGGGGAAAAGCACAAAAAACUCUUCCCAGGGCAAAUCCCAACACCCAGGUUCAAAACCAACCUGGUUCAAAAGUGUCUUAAAUUUCUUCUUCAAAAAGAGCUCUGAGGACCAGAAGGAAAACCCAGGACAAAAAGCAAAGGAGAAAGACACCAAAACUCCUCAUGGCUCCAAACCAGAAGGAGCCAAAAGACACGGAGGAGACUCGAGCACAUCCCCACAGCCAGGCAGAGCCCCCAGGAGGAAACCCAGCCUCAAGAAGGUUUUCUCCUUGAAGAAGCAUGGGGAGGAGGAGAGGGGAGAGACAGGCUCUGGGGUGAGGACCAAGCGCCCCAGCUGCCUCCCCCUGCGGCACGUCCUGGCACCAGCCUCACCAGCAGAGGAGGAGCAGCCUGAUGGCUACUACACACGAGUUUCAGAAGAGAUUGGGCUGAUUGUGCAGGGCAGUGAGAGCCAGAGCAGCAGAGCAAGUGGAUGUGGAGAGCCACCACAGCUGCAGGGUCCUGAUGGGGUUGACGAAGCCAUCAGGAGGAUCGUUGCCCUGCUCCGGAUUGCAGGAGAUGAGCUGGACAGGCAGGUGAGGAAAGACACUCGGCUGCAGGUGUUCUUCAGAGACAUGUCCUACAGCUCUUUCAAGAACUUGGCUGAUGCCUACGUGCAAAGGGAAAUGACAGCCAGCAGACCUGACAUCAACCCCCACGAGGUCCAGUUUGCCUUCACAGUGCACCUCACUGCCAGGGUGGCAGGAAUCCGCAGCCAGGCAGUCAACAGGAUCAUGGGCUUCGGUGCUCGGUACCUGGAAGAUUCCUUUGCACCCUACGGCAAAAUUCUCCAGAGGAAGAAUUAA